CCGGCAAUGGGAGCUGCUCUGUUUGCACAGCGCAGGUGGCCGUGACCCACGGGGGGUCCUGGUUAUCUUGAUUUCAAACUCCUUUAAAUCCUGGGCUGACAUCUUAUCUGUAUCCCUGUUUGUCCCUCCGACAGUAAACAUCCUCUCCUCAAGUUAAAAUAACAAGCUGUGCAGUGCUGACUUCGUUCUUUGUUAUUUGCUCGCUGUAACCGCCCGUAGCCACCCGUGGUGAUUCUGCUGCUUCGCUUCUCGUCGUGUCACGUUUUCCUUUGAUACUUUCUAAGCAGUGUUUUAGCAGUGUCAGCAGUUCUGCUGCCUGCAGCCACCCUGCGGGCUUACAUCUCCUUUGGGACACACUCAACAAUUCAGCUGUUCGUGCCUUUCACCCUAUUCUAGUUAAGGAAGUUCCGUGGUACCAAAUUUACAACCUGUUGCACUUAAAUCCCAUCGUACAGCCCGGGGGACUCAGUGAGAUCAAUGCAGCACCAGCAAUUCAAUUCACAUCAGCUGGGAAGUCAGACUGAAGCAGCAGGAGCACACACUACACCUCAGCACAAGCUGCACUUGGGUUGUAUGUCUGAACCUAUUCUGUUUCUUACACUUCUCCUUCCCUUUGGGCAUGAUUUAAUGCUCACUCUUCCCUUCCUUCAGAGAUAUCAUUCCGGCCUUUCAUGCCACGUGGAGACAAGGGAGAGGCACUGCUUUAUCAGGCUUCCAUGUCAGGAUUGUCUGAGUGUCUGAAAUAAAGACACAGAAUGAAAAGGAGAUGAAGUCCUAAUGUGUCCCAUGCCCCCACUCAGGGCCGUGGCUCGCUCCCUGCCCAGCAGAUCUCUUGACACAGAAUCAUUAGUUCCACUCCCAGAGGACAGCAGAAUGAGUUCAUGUGGCGCCAGGACCGACCCGAUCCCAGUAGCACAGCACUCCUGUAUCUAAAUGCUGCUCGUGCUUCUCACCAGGACUUCUCUUAUGUAGCAACAGAGCUUAAACAAAGCAGCGGAUGAGCGAUCUCAGGGCAGUGGUGUCUUAUAAUUCCUUUGGCUUAUCACAUCAGCGCUGUAUAAACUGAAGAGAAUGUAUAAAUUUGGCCUCUCAAGCAUCUUAGUGUUUAACUUCGAUUCGAUUAAACACUUAUGUAUGUGUAUAGAGUGAAAAAUGGGGUUACAAGAGGUUAGUGCUUUAAUGCUUUUAAUAACUCUUAACCACAUGACUGUAUUUUGUCAAACAGAACGUGGAUUUGUUCUAGCAGGAAAAAAAUAUAUGCUAGAUAGAAAUAUAUUGAGGCUCUCCAAAACAUUAGUUUUCCAAAGUAUCCCGGUUGUUUAGUAUUUGACUCUUUGCUUUCAUCAUUUAAUGAUUUACAGUAAUGAACUGGAACAUCGGUAUUUUGCACUGAAAUGACCAAAAUAGUUGUGGAGGCAUCGCUGCCCUCAUGUGACAGAGCUCAGAUGUUUCUGUGAGCAGUUAGCCAAGAGCAAUAGACAAAGCCAUUGCUUCUGUUUAAUUUGUACUGCAAAACAACAACAAAGUGGCCGUAGCAACUUGUAGGCAGAUCCCAGUAGCUUUUGGACUGUUCCUUUGCUGAGAUUUUGCCCUUUGUUUAAGUUUUGUUUGACAAGGGCUUAAUAAAUGAAUAGAAGAGGUGGUUUAUGUUUCAUUAAUGAGGUUGAGAGUGGUUAAUUACUGAAGUUACGUAAACAAUCCAAUACCAGAUCAAGCCGAAUGGGUCAGUUAUGCAGAGAAGACCCAGCUGGAGUAGAUACGAUUUCCUUUAACUAUUCAAACACCAAGCGAGUUACAAAGAUCUAGAAUCACCAGUUCAGAUGAAUGCAGAUCUCUCCAUAUCUUGAAGAUGAGUUCUCUCGACAGGCACCUACGUAGGGAAGGUUCCUCUGAACCUGCAGUUUCAGCACUCAUCAAAUUCAUAGACCUACUAUGAAAGGAAGACUUCCUAUGUGGAUGAGACCUUACAGGAGCUCGCAGUUCUCACCAGACCAGGCAGAACGUGCCAAGUGUUGGUGUUUCAAUAUAACAACCUAAUCAAGUGUCUGCAAAUUCAAUCGUUAUUUCAUGUAGAUACACCAAAUUUAUACCAUUGCAGUAGUUUCUCCACAAAGCAGUGAACAUCUUCCAUUAACUUCUGGGCAUAUCAAUGUUAAGCAAUCAAAAUGGGAGAAUUUUAAAUUCUACCAAGAAAGCAAAUACUUAGUAAUCAGUCAGGGAGAACUCUGGGAAGCCGUGACGUGAAGGUCCCCGUGGCCUCUGUCCCUGAUGACCCAGUUAUUAUUUGAUUUAUGUGGACUUGCAGCUGCCCUCGCUUCGACCCCAGGAAAGGCUGUGUGGGAAGUUCGUGUCUCAGAGCUGCAGCAUUGCUCUGCAGAUUGUCUGGAGCCGAGUGUGUGCACACAAACUGAUAAAUAGGGACAAGGCCCAGUUUGCUCCAGCUGGACUCAGAGCUGGGAUCACUGCUACAGCCCCACGGACUUGCUCUGGAAACAAGAACAACUCUGCAACUGCUGUCUCUUUCUAAAACGUUUAUCCCAAACAGCGAGAUUGGCAACAAAACAUGGCAAAUACAUUUGUCACUGUACCAGAUGGGUACUGCCUUGCUGAGCCCAUACAGUAUUAUGAUGUUUUACCAGAGCACAUCAAUUACCAGCUGCAAGACACUGAUUUUCAGACUGCACCUUACUGUCAAUACUCCUCAGUUCCAAUUCCUUCUCCAGUAUUACAGUCACAACCUUCGCAGUCCCAUUACAGUUCAUACAGCCUGGACUCUCAGUACACUGAUGGGCAAUAUAUCACCAGUAACUGCGAAUUGAACAAGCCUCCUUUCACAGCUUCCCACCUUGAUGACAGUGGAUUUCAAGCACUAAAAAGGCCCAGAUUAAAUCACUCUUCUUUGAGACUGAAGGGGCAGGAAGAGCUGUGUGUUGUUUGUGGUGAUAAAGCAUCUGGCUACCACUACAAUGCACUUACUUGUGAAGGCUGUAAAGGCUUCUUCAGACGGAGCAUAACCAAAAACGCAGUGUAUCGAUGCAAGAAUGGAGGCAACUGUGAGAUGGACAUGUACAUGAGGAGGAAGUGUCAGGAGUGCCGCCUGAAGAAGUGCAGAGCUGUGGGAAUGCUGGCAGAGUGUUUGCUGACUGAAGUGCAGUGCAAGUCAAAGCGACUCAGAAAGAAUUUCAAACAAAAGAGCAGUUUCCUUUGCAACAUCAAACUGGAAGAUGAGGGGCUGAAUAGUAAGCACGUGUCAUCUACAACAAGAUCCGGAAAAACUGUGGAGAAGGUGGAACUUACUCCAGGGGAACAUCAGCUUCUCGACCACAUCGUAGCAGCACAUCAAAAAUACACAAUUCCCCUCGAGGAAGCAAGGAAGUUUCUACAAGAAACCACAAGCCCUGAGGAAAGCUUUCUCCAUCUCUCUGAGACAGCAGUUGUCCACGUACAGGUGUUAGUGGACUUCACCAAAAGACUCCCAGGAUUUGAAAGUUUAGCUAGCGAAGAUCAAAUUGCGCUGCUAAAAGGGUCAACAGUCGAGGCCAUGUUUUUGUGUUCUGCUCAGAUCUACAACCAAAGAAUUAGUGAAUGCCAAUCAUCAAGUGAAAGUCACAUCAGACGCUCUGACCACUCAACGUGCUGCCACGUUCCAAACCUUGAUAAGAACGUGUAUUCCAUCCAGACGUCUCACGGAGAAGAGAGUCCAUCUUCCACCACUACCACAGGUAUAACCGAGGAGUUCAUCACGGCGCUGUUUUACUUCUACAGAAGCAUGGGGGAACUCAAAGUCACCGAGACCGAGUACGCUCUGCUCAUAGCAACCACAGUCCUAUUCUCAGACCGCCCGCUGCUGAGGAACAAGCGGCACGUUGAGGAGCUGCAGGAGCCAUUCCUGGGCAUCCUCUACAAAUACUCCAAGAUCCACCACCCCGAGGACCCGCAGCAUUUCGCUCGGCUCAUCGGGAGGCUGACACAGCUCCGUACCCUUAACCAUACCCACGCUGAGGUGCUGGUGACAUGGCGGACGAAGGACCCCAGGCUGAGGGCGCUGCUGUGCGAGGUGUGGGAGCUGCACUAGGCCGCAGCGCUGCCCUCAGGGC